CAGCCUCGAGAACGAAGGCAAGGCGACGACAUCUCUCUUCACAGAUUUCACAGUCUCGACGACACAACUGCACGACGAUACUAUAGGAAACUACCGCCGGACGAAUCUCUGUGACGACAAUCUUACGUCUAACUGUACUCGCGCUUCUCUCUUACCACAAGCUUCACUAAACGGCUUUUACCUCGACCUCCCACGGCAUCCUUCUCCCAUACAACCACACUCUCUAGAACCCAAUGUCGGAAAGAAAGGUUCUCUCCAAGUAUUAUCCGCCAGACUUUGACCCAUCGAAGAUCGUUCGCUCGCGCGCGCCGAAGCAAGCUGGUCCAAAAGUACAGACAGUGCGACUGAUGGCACCAUUUCCCAUGAAAUGUACUGCUUGCGGAGAGUACAUCUAUAAGGGUCGCAAGUUCAAUGCGCGCAAGGAGACAACAGAAGAAAAAUACUACUCCAUCCCGAUCUAUCGUUUCUAUAUUCGAUGCACAAGAUGCUCUGGCGAGAUUACAUUCAAGACCGACCCGAAGAAUAUGGACUAUGAAUGCGAGCGGGGAGCGAAGAGGAACACAGAGCCUUGGCGUAUGAAUGGCGGCGGAAAGCAAGAGAGUGACGAAGAAAGACUGGAUAGAUUGGAGAGAGAGGAAGAAGAGAAGAAUGCCAUGCAAGAACUGGAGACAAAGACCUUGGACGCCAAGCGCGAGAUGGCAGUUGCAGAUGCCCUGGAUGAGAUUCGGACUCGAAAUGCAAGGAACGAACGGGCAGGCAAGGAUGGCCUUGAGGUUACUGUGGCACGGGAGAGCAUCGACGAUGAGAAGCGAAGACAGGACCAAGAAGAUGAGGAGGCUGCGAGAAGAGCAUUCAUGAGGCGGCAUGAAGCUCUGGAAGAAGUUAUUGAUGAUGAACCUGAGGAUGUUGGAGAAGGUCCUGCGCCUCCAAUCACAAAGGAGGCUGCAUUGGAAAUGCCUCCUCCCAGCUUCAAGCGGGUUGUGAAGAAGAAGAAAGACCAUGCAGCUGCAUUGGGGAUCAAGAAGAAGCCAUCACUUGUAUGAUGGCGAGAGUGUAUCAUUGGCCUGGUUCUCGUUCAUAGAUGAUGAGCUGCACAUUUUGAUUCUCUAUUUGUGUGCAUGAUAUUUGACAUUUCUUGGGCAAGCCUCCUUUUGUAUUUUGCUCCGUCGAUUUCGACCAAUCUCUCAAGCAUCAGCUCAAGUUAAAGUCUUUGUGCUAUUUUCAAAUGCUCCGUUCCUCGCUUCUUGUUCGAGCUCGAGGGUCGCGGAAGCCCUCGCCUCGCCCUGGCCCUGCUGCUGUACAUUGAUUUACCACAAAGUU